AUUCUUUAAACCAACAGCACAGCUAGUGAGUUAACAACGCUUUUGCAGUCAUCAACCUGCAGUAUUUGCAGAAGAACGGUGUCGUAAAGUUCCCAAAGUGACGGAAGUAUCGGAUGUCCGUGAGUUUUCGCGAUAUUACGUGCGGUGUUUGUACAAUUACUACCCCAACAAUUACAAUGGGUUUAUUUUUAAGAUAGUGGAACCCUAAGACAACCAUUUACAAAAAUUGUCCCGAUGAUUCUUGCAAGAAGACAGGCUGUGGAAUUUUUGUAGUUAACUAACAAAUGGAAACCAAAGUAAAAGCACAUCUGUUCAAAAUGGCUAUCCCCAUUUUUAACGCGGACCAUUGCAAAUACAUGUAGUUAAUAUGAAAUGAAAAAUUAAAUUGCUACUCCCUUUUUAGUGUAGAAGACAUGGGAGAUUCGUCUUCUUCAUUCAGUUAAUUAAUAGAGGAUCACGAAAUAUUCAAAACCUUAUAGUAGUGGUAAUCGUAUGAUGUUGACGCCGAAAAAUGGGCUCACUGUGGAAACAUAUCCGAAGCUGGUGCAUGAUACGGAUACUCAUACUCAUUCAUCUGCCACACCUCAUACAAACGUGCGUCAUCGAGAUGAGCAAACUUAGUCCAUUAGAUAGAGAAUUAAAGACUUAUGUAGACGAUCUCGUAAAAACAGACAGUUAUAAGAUAUUUCCCGGAGUGGAUAUAAAAAGGAACUUCAACGUGACUCAAGAUGAAUUACGGUCGGAAAGUUGUCGGAGAAGCAGGGAGAUGAGGAGUAUAGACGAUUAUUUAAAAGCAAAACUGGAAAAGUACGCUUUAAAUCACUAUGUUAGAGUUAAUUUACCGGAAACGGCGAGAUUUUUCCAACCUGUGGAGGCUGGAAAAAGUUCUUUUAUGGCCGGAUUCGGUAUGGGUUUCUUGGCGUUUGCGUUGAAGAAAAUGCUGUUACCCGUAUUCAUCGGCGCUCAAUUAAUAAAAUCCGUACUUCUGGCGCUUUUCCUACCGUCGCUGCUGGGCAGCGUGGGAAAGUUGCUCGGAAAAGGCUUAUCAACGUUCUCCGGAAGUUCGGGAUCUUCAGGCCUUGGCCAUGGGAAUAACGACCCAGUUGAAGAUUUCGAGUUUAAAGAUACUAGUCCAUAUAAUGUCAAUUCCGCGCCGGACACUGGUACUGCGGAGACCGGUUUGAGUAUCAAUGUUGCUACAUCUACCGAUAAGACAGAUACAAUAAACAGGUUUGGUUACGGAAAUAACAUGGUAUCGUAUACACCGUAUCAAUCCGAGAGUAAUUACUAUCUAAAGAAGCCUUCAGUGAACACAGAUUUCAAGGUUUUUCACAAAAUACCUCCCUCGUCGCUCUUACUGACGACAUAUGAUCCGUUCUACAGCCCCCUUUUAUCAAGGUUGGACGCCGUCUUCCAGCAGCUCGGACUGGGCAACGACAAAUCACCCAAAACGGAACGUUGCAGGGAAAAGCUCGUGUGCAUGAUGUAUGCCAACCCCGCAAAAUACGCUCCUUACAGCAAUUUGGUUUCAGCGCAGCUCAGCAGGGAGUUGAACGAGUUGAGAAAACCGUCAUCGGACAAUCCAGAAAUACUGCGUUUCUUCCGCUACAUGAAAGCAGCCAAAGACGGCCAAGAUGGCGAGGAGUGUUUAGCCCAUAGCGGAUGCCCAUCUCUCUCAGCUGAUCAACCGAAUCCUGCCAUUGUUACAACGUUUAAUGAGAUCAACAAGCUAGUACAAGCCAGAAAAUUUAAUUAAGGGAAUUCAGUCAUUUAUGUCUAUAAUUUAUUUAUUUAAUUUAUUGUAGUUGUAGCUUAUUUAUUGAUCAGUUAAGUGAUCAGUUAUAAUCAGUCAUUUUUAUCCAGUUUAGUUCUUAAGUAUGGUUUGUGUACAUAUUUAAUUACAUUACAAAGUAAAUUGUUAAAGAAAAAACACUGUACUUCCAAAUGAAUUAAAGAACGGUAAAAUUAUCUUUUUCAUAAAACCAUUGGUUGCAUUUUGACUGUAGCCUAAAAUUGUUAAUAUUGUCCCCCUAGAGGUCAUUGGCGAUAUCCUGCAGACCAGGGAGGCGAAGUUUCGCUGAAGCUGUGAAUGUGUUUGUAAUGGAAGUGAAGGAAUGCUUAGUUUUUAGGGGAAUUUUUCGAAAAUCUCCGUAUGUGAUGGAUUUGUUCGUUUGUCCGCCUGUUCCUCGUCUAAUUUGGGAACGAAAAGAGGCAGCGCUGUCAAACCUACGCCAAUCGAUUUUUACGAGUUCAAGGAUCAGUGCUAUUGAAUAUGAGCCGGAUCAAAAGUCUGGUUUCCGAAUACAAGCUGAGUGGCAAAAAAUUUCCCAACUGAAAAUCAUAUGCGAUUCCUUGUAUCUUGUUAUUUUGUUUACCUCACAGAUUAAUGUUUCAGUAGAAUUUAUGUUUUGGUUUGCUUUGUAUUCACUUAAUAGAUUAAUGUAUUCAUAAACCAUUUAAUUUAGAAUUACGCUUUAUUUU